UUUGCCUUUACAAAAGCAAGAGGAUAAAACACUUGUGUUUGGGAAAAAGCUCCGACUCCACCGCUCGCACCGGGGCUGAGAGUGGGUUGCGCUGCGCUGCGGGGCUGAGGUGCGGUGCGCCGGGGGCAGACUGCGCGUCCCCCCCUCCCCGAACCCCAAGCGGCUCCGCGUCCCCUGCGCGGUUUGGGUGGCCCGGAGGGCCCGUUCCCCCCGCCCGGCCGAUGGCGAUUGGUUCGCCGGAGACCCCCCUUUCUCCCGCGCCUCAAAGGCGCGCAUCUCCCCGCACAGCCCGAGCCCGCCCGCAUCGCAUCCCCCGGCUCUUCCCUUCAUUUCUGGCUGGGGGGGCAUAUUUAUUUUUAAUUGUUAUUAUCGCUAUUUAUUUUUUCUCCCUUUUUAAAAAAAUAUAAUUUAUUCAUUGUUAUAAUUAUUUCUAUUUAUCACCCCCGGCCCCGCGGCUUCCUCGCCCCCUGCAUCCCUCUUUCUCAGCGCGCCUCGCUCCCUUCCCUGCUGCCCAAGGGGACCACAACCGAAAUGAACCUCAACUUCACCUCGCCAGUGCACCCCGUCUCCGCGCCUAGGCCCACAUCCUUCUUCAUCGAGGACAUCCUGCUGCACAAGCCCAAGCCCUUGCGGGAGGUGGCUCCCGAGCACUUCCCCGGCUCCUUGGCCUCUCGCGUCCCCCUCUUGGACUAUGGGUACCCCCUGAUGCCAACCCCGACCCUCCUGGCGCCUCACCCGCACCCUGCUCUGCACAAGCCGGAGCAUCACCAUCACCCCUAUUUCCUCACCACCUCGGGAAUGCCGGUGCCAGCCCUCUUCCAGCCCCACGCUCACGCCGAGCUGCCCGGGAAGCAUUGCCGCCGCCGCAAAGCCCGCACCGUUUUCUCCGACUCGCAGCUCUCCGGCUUGGAGAAGAGGUUUGAGAUCCAGCGGUACCUCUCCACGCCCGAGCGGGUGGAGCUGGCCACGGCGCUCAGCCUCUCCGAGACCCAGGUGAAAACGUGGUUCCAGAACCGGCGGAUGAAGCACAAAAAACAGCUGCGGAAAACCCAGGAGGAUCCCAAGCACCCCGGAAGCGAGGAGAACCGGGAGCAGAGCUCCCCCGAACCCGAGCUGCCAGAGGCGGCCGGCACCGACCCUCGCAAGGGCCCUCCAGGCCCAUUCCUGCUCCAGGACCCCGAGGAUGAGGUGGACAUCCUGGAGGAGGGGGACCUCUGCGCCGGUCCCCAUCGCCUCUAGUUGCGCAGGGGCCCGGGGCGGCUUUGGCCCGGCCCGGCAAACUGCCCCUAUCUCCCAGCCCUGAGCAGUGCCAGAGGGGAGGGGAUCACGUUUUGGGGAGGAGGUGGUGAUGCGGGAGGAGGCAGUGAUGCUCCGCGGUACCGUCGGCUGCCCCUCGGUAUCAG